AUGUCUGUCUACCAUUAUUAUCGUCCAACUCAACGCUCUCUUUUCAAUGAAUUAAUGGGAGAUUUCGGAAGAAUGGAUCGUCAUCUGGUUCCUUUUUGUCAAGGAAGAACGUCGUCUGAGAUCGUAAACACGGUUGAAAAGUUUGCUGUGAAUUUGAAUGUUUCUCAAUUCAAACCAGAAGAUUUGAAGAUCAAUUUGGAUGGAAGAACUCUGACAAUUCAAGGAGAACAAGAAGUUAAAAAUGAGCAUGGAUACUCGAAAAAGUCAUUCUCUCGUGUCAUCCUUCUUCCAGAAGACGUUGACGUCGCCGCAGUUGUUUCGAAUCUUUCUGAAGACGGAAAGCUUUCGAUCGAGGCUCCGAAGAAGGAAGCAAUUCAAGGAAGAUCGAUUCCAAUUCAGAAACAGGAGGCUAUUCAACAGAAUUCUUCUCAAUAA